CGUUGUUAGAUUCGCCGCCUCCGCGAGGUGGGGAUUCGAAGACUUUCCAUACUGAUACACCGUCUCUCGUCGAAUGAGACGACUAAGACGAUCAGUCUCAUUUAAAGUUUGUUGUGUCGAACACGUCGCCGUAAGAACGUUACCGAUAGGCAUGUGAUCGUGAACGCGCGCGUAGUUGUUGCCAUGAGCCCCGCAUCCGCAGGCAAUCUAGAAGUGGAACGUUACAUAGGUGCUUGUUUGAUAUCGCAAAACCGAGUCAAAAACAAACCGCCGCCGCCGCCGCCGCCGCAACGACAAGAACAAUACAAUAAUAAUAAUAAUAGGGAUGUGACGCAGGAUAUUUAUCGAAAACAUCACGUCAAUUACCGCUUGCAGAGAUGCCAUUCGGUGGAAAGUUGGAACGGCGGCGGUAUGCCUUUUAUUACUUUCCCCCAUCAUCAUCAUCAUCAUCAUCAUCAUCAUCAUCAAAGAAAGGAAGAUCAGAAUUCGUUGGCUAAAUUGGCGGUGCACACCCAGGGCGCCCCUUUGAUUUUAACGAAAACUUUCCACCACAGAAAAAACAAAGUGGACAGAAACAACAAUGGAAAAGUGUACGAAAAUUCGAUAAACAAGAAAAAUGUCAAGUGUCAAAAUAGUGCGGACGCUGCGAGCGUCGCGAGUGACGAAAGUUCCGGUUCGAAUAAUUCGGAAACGUGUUUACCGCGCAUCAUAAAACCGAGGAAGAGACGGAAAAAAGAUAGGAAACCGCCGACGUUAUCUAGACCUUUGAGUCAAGAUUCGUCUUCUACAGAUAGCGCCAGUCCCGACGUGGAAAACAAUCGCAUCAAUUAUUUAUCGUUAAGUCCUUUUAAUUUAUUUAAUUUUAGUCCUUACGGCGGCGCGUUAAUGUUUCCCGAAUCUUCUAAAAUCGUCGAUCGUUUGAACGAUAUCAACGAAACGCCCAAACUCCAUCAUUCCUUCGAAGACAUCGAAGAACCAGACGAAGGAAAAGAUGUUAACGGCAACCAAUCGACCAGUAACUGUCAGUGUAGAUAUUGCGAUCCCAGCGGACAAAUUUGGGACGUCGAUAGGGAAUGUUACUCGCCCUUUUUAACGCCACCUUUGAAAUCCUUCAAGUAUCCCAAUCUGGAAGAGGUUUCCUAUUAUUCUUCGCCGAUAUCUACCGAUUGUUUGGAGCAUACGUUAUCGUCGAUAACGUUGGAAAGUGACGGCGUUAAAAAGAUCCCCGUCACGUCUUCGUCCAGAGACCUUGAAGUUUCCACCGAAAUCGUCACAUCUUUGAACGGUCACAGGGAUUUGGAAAUCAAGUUUUUUUCCACGCCCUGCCAUGUGGAUAACGACGCAAAAAAUGAUAAUGGUACGAAAAAGUGUAAUUUCGAAAAUGAUUUGGGAUUAAAUUUAGAAGAAUGAUUUUAUAAUGAUGUCCAUGAAAAUUUUUUUCGAAUUAUCGUAACCACGUUCAAGUUUAUUUAUCUACCGAAUACGAGUGGCGUGCCAAUUGUACCGGGGUAUUUACAUCAAACUAUUUAUAUACUCGAGGGUGUCGUCGGUUUUUACGAAACAGAAAAUUAGUUAAAUGCUAUGACGGAUAUACAGAUUUGUCGCCUGUAGCC